CCGAGGUCCACCCACCCGCAAGCUGCUCUCUAGCUCUUUAUUCCCCUUGCUAGGGCUCUCUGGUCAAGUCCUUUGCUUUGCCCUCCAGCCAGAGAAAGUCGGAGCCCCUGAGAUUGCUGCCUCCUAGGAGCGGUGUAUGGUGGUGCGUGGGCUAGAGAGGGCACGCAGUUAGCUAACCUGAGGUGGCGCUCUGGCGUUCGGACUCUGGAGACACUGUGUGUAUGACGAGGAGGGCAGAGGCGGGAAGCCUCAACUUAAUGGCAUACUGCAGCCAGUUUCUGCGCUGUUGGGUCAUCUCCCUGCCCCUGCUGCGGCUACAGCUCCUCCUCCUAUUGCUGCCGCCUCUGCUGCUCCUGCUAUCGCCGUCCGGCGCUUUGCGAGAAGUGACAUGCCCAACUCCAAGAUCUGUUGAACAUGCGGACAUUCAGGUUAAGAGUUACAAUGUGAACUCCAGGGAGCGCUAUGUGUGUCAUUCAGGCUUCAAACGUAAAGCCGGGACAUCCAGCCUUACUGAGUGUAUUCUUGAGCAGAACUCGAACAUUGCCCACUGGACAGAACCCAAUCUGAAAUGCAUCAGAGAUCCCUCCCUGGUUCACCAAAAGCCACCUUCCUCAACAAUGUCAACAAAGGAGCUUCUCACCUCUUCUGAGAAAGGCUUCACUGUAGAACCAGAAGCUUCCACAUCACCCAAGUCAGACACCACAGUGACAACAGAGACAGUCAUGGUGUCAACCUCUAUCUUCUUCUCAUCAACCACAUAUACAGCAUCUCCAGCAUUAGCAGGUACGAUCUUGAAGCCAGUCUCCAAGGAGAUAUCAUCAGAACCACCUUCUGCAACAGUCAUAACAACCCGAAACUGGUCCUUCACAGUCUUGGCUCAAACAACAGCACAGACCAUGGAACAAUCCUCCCCCAGUACCCAUGGGAUCAUAACAGUUGCCCAUUAUUCUGUCAUGGCGUGUGUCAUAGGAGUUAUCUUAUUUUUGUCAGGUGCAGCAUAUUGUUUCUAUAGAAGAAGAAGGAAUCCAAUUGAAGAAAACCCUGUUGAGAUGGAAAGAAUACCAAUGUCAGGGGGAGCUGACAACAGAGAAGAAGGUGUAGACAGCUAACUACAGACGCCAUAUUGCAAAAAUGGAAAAACAAAUUCCUUUUACCCAUCACUCCUUUGUAGUAAUAGGACAAAGAAGCCUCCCUUGCUUUAGCAGAAAAGAGCUUUCUUUUGUCUAAACAAAUAGGGAGAAGCGAAAUGAAAUUUAAAGAAUCUAAGCACUGUAGUAAGGAGGGAUGCAGAGCUCUUAAGUUUAAGUGCCUUAGGCAUCUAUUGAGUACCUUAAAAAAAAAAAACUAGAUGGAAUUUGAAUGCAACAGGUGCUCUCUGAGCAUACAGGCGCACUUAUAAGAAGUAGACCGCUUGAGGGGGCAGCUGGGUAGCUCAGUGGAUUAAGAGCCAGCCCUGGAGACUGGAGGUCCUAGGUUCAAAUGUGGCCUCAGACACUUCCCAGCUGUGUGACCCUGGGCAAGUCACUUGACCCCCAUUGCCUAGCCCUUGCCACUCUUCUGCCUUGGAGCCAAUACUCAGUAUUGACUCCAAGACGGAAGGUAAGGGUUUAAAAAAAAGAAGAAGAAGUAGACCGCUUGAGAAGUGAAUUGUGGGAAAGUUUGCCAGGCAAAAGCUCAGCUCUUCAGAUGCUCAUUAUUAGGUACUUACUUACUUCAUUUGGUUGUGUCUGGAGAUUAAAAGGAACCUGAGCAUUUUUUCCCCACAAAACCUAACCUACAAAUGACAAAGAGAAAAUAUACCUAUGGCAGUAAUUACCUCUAUGUCUUCCCUGUGAAAUAUCAGAUCAAAAGGUUUGUGACUUUUGAAUAAAUAGCAUGAACAUUUCAAUGCUUUAAAAAGCAUCUCUAGUUAGAUUUGUCUCUUAAAACACACUGAAAGCAAGUCAUUGAUCAGGCAGAAGAGAAAAAUGCCAAUUUAGGCAUCACUUAAUCCUUUUAACUGAUGACUUUAGGAUUAAGAAUUCAAAAUAGAUGAUAUUCUUAUUUUGUAUGUGUAUAUGUUUAGUUUAUAUACUUGUUUAUAUGUAUAUAAUACUACAUAAGAUAAAAUAAAAAUUGUUUUAAUUUUUUAAUGUAAAAGUGAACAGAAUAAUGUUGAAGAAUAAAAAGUAUAUUAUAAGUGAAGGAAAGAAAAAGGAAAAAGAAUGAAGACAGUAUAAGAUAACUGUGCUGAGUGCUUCCUUGGUCUAAUAUAGGAAAAGAGGAGUGGAGUCAGGAGGAACCAGAGUGUCCUUCCUUCACAUUGGUGUUCUCCUCUGUGACUUCUUAUACGUCUGCUUUUUUAGGGGGUGGGGGGGAAAGCAUUCCUAGCAAUGUUAUUUGUUUUUCCCAUAAGUACUUACAUACUUCCUAUGUCUACACUAUAAAUUUCUCUCUCCUCCUUACCUGGUUGUCCAGGGUUGCCAGUUACCAUGUCCUGAGUGUCCAUUGUUCUUUCCUGAUUCCCUAUAAAAACUUCUACUACCUCACUAUCAAAUUUCUUAGCUAAUUAUCAUAAAAGAAAGUAGAUAAAUUCAAUUAAGCAUUAAUGAUAAAUGUCAGCUGUGUACUUUAUAUCUUCAUAAUUCAUUUGUAGGGAAAAGAAUUUUAAUAUUUUUUAUGAUUCUGUCCCUUCAGAAAAAAUGUCAGCUCAUUGGUCCCUCAACAAGGAUCUCACAGGGUACUGACAGUGAAAUAAUGUUAUGUAUAGUCUACAAAUGAAUAGUUAGUGUCUCCCUUUCCCACCAUUAUGCCCCUAAUACCACAGAAGAAGAAGAGUGAUGCACAGGAUUGAGGAUCAUUUUGAAAUGUUCUAUUUCCUGAGUUACCAUGGCCAAAGAAUUCAUCACUUAAUCAAAGACUUGAACAUAAGCAAUUAACAGGAUAAAUAUUAACCAAAGGAAUAUAACUUCUAGAUCUAGUAAACAAGUUUAGGCAUCUAUGAAUACUGCAGAACAAAGGAAAAUGAUCCUACCCUUGAUGAGCCAGCUGUGGAAUUGGAGGAGACCGUGGAACAACAACAUGCUGUGUCAUAGUGGUUGAAAAAAGAAAUGCAAACAGAAUGUAUGGCCUGCAUAGCAAAAAUAAUUGGCAGAAUAUAAAUACUUGAAUCUGCAUUGGCAAAUUGGCAAAGAAACAAACUAGUGAACAAUCAAUUGGGAAAACCAAUACACAAAAAUGAAGAACAAUUUAGAAGAGAAGAAAAAAACAAUAACAUUCAAAGAAACCAUGCUCUCUCUCCAAGCAAAAUAUGCUGAUCUCUAAGAUGAUGCAGAGAGGUAGCCCAACCAUCAUAGGUUUACAUCCUAAUAUGGGGAGAUGACAUAUGUUAAGAAAUAUGCAAACUGAGAAAAGGUCAUUAGGACUUAGCUAUUAAGAGAUCCUCAGUUACUCUGGGGAGAAUAAUUUCAGUACAUUGAUGGGGUUGGAAGUUAGCCUGAAAAAGUUUAGAAGAGAACAAGAAGUGAAAAAGAGGAGACACCAAUUAUAAAGGGCUUUCUCAAGGGGUUUAGCCUCCAAAAAAAAAAAAAGACAUAUGGUGAUAGCUUUUAAGAUCAGGUUAAUUAUCCUGAUAAUAUUGUGGUUGGUACAGAAGUGGGAAAUUUAAUAAAGAAGACACUUAAGCCAGCUGUAGCGGGAGACGUUAUAAAGUGCACAGAAACUGCAAAGAAUUGAUUGACAGCCCUCAAGCCUUAGAAUUCUCUAAGAGUUGGCUGGGUGAGAGUUCCAAGCUGUUGAAAGGACAAGUUUCCAACUGGCUGUCUGGAGCUGAAAGUCAAGCCUGAAGGGUAUGAAUCUGGACUCUUCCCUAAUCUUGUGAGCUGACUGCCUUCGAAUAAAAUCAACAAGGCUGAGAGGAAGAUUCCCCAUCUAUUCUGGUGGACAGAGUGAUUUUGGAGGAGCCUUUCUCUCUUUCCUGGAACAUCUGAGGACUCAACAGCUGGAUUCCUGCUACCUGACCUACCAAGGACUGUGUGUGUGAGAUUCUGGGUUCCCUGUUGGAUUUAUCUUUAGUAAUCUUUAAUUUAGUUCGUUAGACAGGUUAGCUGAGGAAAUUAACUAUAGUGGGUUAAAUAUCUUGGGGGAAUAGAGAGAUGCAAACCUUUCCCCUCUUCCUUCCCCAUCAUUCCUUUCUUUGUUAAUAAACUCAUUUUAUUAAAUUGUGA